AUGGACCACAAACGGAAGGCGAGCUCAUCGGCUGGCAUCGCGGAUGGCGAUGAUCGGGCCAUGAAGCGGCAGAAGACCCCAGGGCAACCGUCCGAUUACAACCUCAUGCAGGGCGAAACCCGCGAGUCCACAUCCGCUUACGGGUUACACUUCCUGGAAACUAUCCGGAGGACCAAGGACAAGAGCGGUCGACUUGUCGCAAGCUACUUCGACCAUCUUAUCCCUCGAGAGACGAAUAAGGAAUACUACGAGCGCAUUCGCAUGCCCAUCUCGCUGAAAGGGAUCGAGCGGAAACUCCUGAACCAAGAUUUCAAGAAUCUCUCGGAACUGGAGAGUUAUUUCAAGCGCAUGGUGACCAAUGCCAAGGAGUUCUACCCCAAAAAUUCGGAGGUGUUCGAAGAUGCCGAGCGCGUCAGGAAAGCGCUGAGCAACUACAUGACCAAGACGAACCCGGCGUACAAACUCAUUUCCGGGUACAGUUGCCAGGCAACGCCGAUUCCCGCCGACCUCGCCGAGCUAGAGAUUGAAUCCGAGGAUGCUUCCGCAUAUAGGGUCACGGUGGAAGCCACGAAGCAGGUCGACGACGAGGACGCCGAAGGCGAGGAGGAUGAGCAAGAGGAUGAAGACGCUGAGGGCGAAGAGGACGAAGAUGGCCAAGAGGAGGAGGAGGACGGGAACCCCAGAAAGAUCGUCCUUAAGAGGAAAGGCCCCGGCAGACCGACCAGGGCCGAGUCGGAACAAGCUAAAAAGCUUGAUAGAAGCGGCCGGGUCAAGGCAGACCACGAGUACGAUGGCGUGUCAUACAAGGGGCUUUCCUUCCAGCAAGCCCAGGAAAAGAUUGUUGAGGAGUUGAUCCGAAAACCAGACGGGUCGGACCCGUACUUUUUGGAUUUCAUCAACCUUCCGCCGCGCAGCUACAAGGACUACUUUGCCGUCAUCACAUCGCCUCUUUCACUGAAGGGGUUGCAGAAGCUCGUCAAGGGGAUCCACGGCCGCCAGCCUGCCACCGGCGUCAGCGACUUUAAGAGUUGGGCUGUAUUCGAGGAGAAAGCGAGUCUGCUCUGGACGAAUGCACAUUUCUACAACGAGGAGGGAAGCCCCAUCCAUACCCUCGCUACGGAACUCCAGAAAUGUUUCGCAGACGAGCUCACCCAGGCAAAAGCGGUCGUGCAAGAACCGCCGCAGCCCAAAAUCAAAUUGAAAAUGACACCCGGCCAAGAGACCCCCGUCCUUGGUCCUAAGAAGAUCACCAUCCACGUUGGCGGAUCUAGAGGUAGCACAGCCGCCUCACCUGCACCCCAAACUGGUCGAUCAAACGACUCAAGUCGUCCCGAUGUCAAUAUGGACGCCAACCGCAACAUCCCGCCAACCCUUGCGAACACCACCGCUGCCAGUUUUCAGGUCGAUAACAAUAGAGUUUUAUCAGGCGCCGUGGCAUCUGUUCUUCCCGCUGUUGGCGUGGCGCCUCCGAACCUUAGUAGCCAACAACAACCCACGGCGGGUUUUCCGGGACCAAACGGCAAUAUCCCAGCCCCGUUGGCCGUUGCAAAUGGCAUAGCAGCCCAGCCCUUCCAGCCACCCCAGGGUCAGCAAUUGCAAAACGGCACUCCACACCCAAUGCCAGUGCCUGUCCCGGCACCUGCCCCGGCGCCGCCUAUCCACGACUUCAAGUAUCGUGCCCCCGGUAGAGGUUACGCCGAUGCACUGCUGCCGAGCGUUCUGCUCCGGACACACCCCAGUAUGGUUAUGGACCAGAUGCUCCGAGUUGAGAUCCCGGCACACCCGACAGAAGCGCACCAGAAUCUCACGAUGCACGUCGGCACCCACAACCGGCUGCAGCUCAUUCCUCGCCUCGCACCGUUCGAGCAACAGGGCCGGCAGUACCGUAUGUUCGUGACGGUCAACGGCCAGAACAUCGGCCGAGCUCCGCCCCUGCCCGUCAAAGACGACCCGUUGCCUCAGAACACGAUCGUCUUUGACGUGGUCGUGCAGCACAUCACCACCGUUGUUGUAGUCACCGUCAUUGCUAGCCUACCGAAGGGGCAGAAGCUGGUGACCGGUGCGGAUUGCGAGGUCGAGAAGCUCACCCUAAAUUUGCACAUGUCUCGGGCGUAG